AUGACACGUGAUAGUGUUAAUGUGAUAGGGAGAGAAAUGAACUGUGUGAAAACAGCAGUUGGUAGGAAUUUGUCAGAGACACAUGAGAUGUCAGAUAUAUUUAUAGACACUGAGAUGGAUGAGCAAUACCAAGAGGACGAUGACAUUAACCAACAAGAAGAGCUAGUUUGUGACCAAGAUAUGAUGGAUGAACAGAAUGAAUUCGAACAAGAUUUCGGAGAUGAAUUUACUGAGGGGGCGUAUUUUUUUGAAUCUGAUCCGUCAGAAGAUACCGUUGAAGCUGCUUAUGCGGUUGACUCCGUGCAAGACAUUACAACUUUGAAUUCAGUGAAAAUUGUGCGGAGAAAAUUGAUGUUUGGUCUUCUAGCUAGUCAAGCAGGCGGGUAUGAAUUUGUCAGCUAUGGACCCAUAGAUUUGUACAAUGAGAUUUCUUGGCAAAGGCAUCAAGUUCCUGGUGAUGCAGCACGAGUGUUGAAGAAGUUGGAGGAUAUGCGGUUGAAGGAUCCACUAUUAUAUUUCAAGGCAUGUCAUGAUUCAAGAGGUUUGUUACGUAACUUGUUCUGGUCUGAUGGGAUUAGCCAACUAGACUACCAACUCUUCGGGCAUAUUAUUGCUUUUGAUGCUACGUACAAGAAGAACAAGUAUAGUUGUCCAUUAGUAAUAUUUAGCGGGGUUAACCACCACAAUCAAACAAUUAUUUUUGCUACUGCGUUAAUUAUGGACGAAACUACUGAUACAAAUAUUUGGCUCCUGCAUUAG